AUGAGCGUCGCCGCGACGACGACGACGACGAUCGCCAAGGCGUCGCCCGCGCGCGGCCUCGCCGCGCGGUCCACGGCGGCGACGACGACGACGGGCGGGCUCGGUCUCGGACGCCGCCGUCGCUCGUCGGACGCGGCGCGUCGUCGUCGUCGCGGCGUCGCGCGCCGCGUCGGCGUCGUCGUCCUCGCCGCGGCGUCGAAGGGCGACGACCGCCCGGUCGUGAUCAUAGAUAACUACGACAGCUUCACGUACAACCUGUCGCAGUACCUCGGCGACCUCGGGUGCGAGCACGUCGUGUACAAGAACGACGAGAAGACCGUCGCGGAGAUCGCGGCGAUGAACCCCAAGGGCGUGAUGGUGUCCCCGGGGCCGGGACGGCCCGAGGACAGCGGCAUCUCGCUCGAGGCGUGCGAAAAAUUAGGCCCCGAGUUUGGCGUCUUCGGCGUGUGCAUGGGGCAUCAGUGCAUCGGACAGGUGUUCGGCGGGACCGUCGUCCGCGCGCCGUGCGGGCUCAUGCACGGGAAGAGCUCCCCGGUGUGGCACACGGAGGAGGAGGGGCAGCUGCUGCACGGGCUGCCGAGGCGCGUCCCCAUCUCGCGCCGCCCGUUCGAGGCGGCGCGGUAUCACUCGCUCGUGAUCUCCCGGGAGGGCUUUCCGGAGGACGAGUUAGAGGUCACGGCGUGGACGAAGGAUCAGACGAUCAUGGCGGUGAAGCACAGGAAGUAUCCGAAGAUCCAGGGCGUGCAGUUUCACCCGGAGAGCAUCAUCACGGAGAACGGGCUGCACAUCAUUCGGAACUGGGUGAACCUCAUCGACGCGUAA